UCUCUCUAUCUCUUCCCUUCUGCCAAAUACUUUAUAUCUUCCCAUUUCUUUCGUUGAUUUCAUAAAAUACACUCACCACAUACACACACUCACACCAAAUUAUGUAAACAAAGCAACAAAAUUCAUCAUCAUAAGCAAAUGGAAUCAUGUUACGUUCAUUGUUUUUUUCUCUCUCUCUCUCUCUCUCUCCAUUGGAAAUAUCUGAGAUGACCAACUACAGCAAAAAUCCAAUAUGAAAAAAGAUUAAAAAAAGAUCACCCUGAUAAUCCAGAUUCAAAAGCGAAACAAAAAAAAAUUAAAUUCUUAAUAUACAACGAUUAACAAAAUCUCAAUUGAUUUUCCAUCGGGCAACUCAAACCAAAAGAAUGAAAGAAAUUAGAUUGUUAAUCUUGUCGAAUGUAAAAUUCUAAUCACCUCCCAACCACCUUAACCAUCAUCUCUCUUUUUCUUCAUCUUGAUCAUCAUAAAAAUAGUUCACAACCAGUAAAAGAAAGAGAUGAUAGAUAAAUAAUCAGAGGAAAAUUCUAAUAAUAGAAUUUGAAAAAAUUUCGAAAACUCAAAAACACUUAAUUGUGUAAAGAGACUCAGAGGGAAUGAGAGACUCGCCAAGAAAAAGUAAAAUUUAGGUAACAAGUUUCCUCUUUCUCGUCUUUCAGUUGUAACAAUUAACUAGACGAAGAAGAUGUUUAAAUCUGUUGUUAUUCAUACAAUUAGAAUUAAAUUAACAACUUGUAUUAGUGAUUAACCAUUAACCCAAACGAUUAAGGUGUUUAUAAGUCAAUCAAGUUAACAGAAAUUAACUAUAAAUAGAAUAAUUUUUAUUAAUCUUUUUCGCUUGCAAAAGGAAAAGUAAUACAAGUGAGACAAUCGUGAUUGUGUGAAUUAGUUAAUUGUGAGCUGAUCAAAAUGUGGGCAGGAAUACAAGAUGUCUCUUCGGCCGCUUUGCUCAACAUUAAGGAUAACAAUCAGCAAAUGGGAUCAGCAACAAGAAACGGAACUCUUCAAGCUCAUCAUCAAACGACAGUUGAUAAGCUUCCAGAUAAAGUGCUCUUGAAGAUCUUCUCGUACCUUCCCCAUCGGGAAAUCGCUCGAAUCGGUCGAGUGUGUAAAAAAUGGCGAAUCAUUUCGUGCGAUUCAAGGCUCUGGUCUCAUGUUUCUCUGAGACCGGAAAUCUCUGGUCUCCAUGUAAACUCAAUGGAAGCUCUUCUUGCUUUGAUUUCCAUUCGAUUUGGUCCAUCUUUAAAGUACAUUGAAUUACCCAUGGAGUUAAUUACUCACACGGUUCUCCAUGAAUUGGCCAACAAAUGUCCCAAUUUAACUCACAUGUUAUUAGAUUUUUCAACUGCUAUGCAAUUGCAUGAUUUCAAUGAUCUUCACUCAUUUCCAACUAAAUUGAAGACAAUGUGUAUCUGUUUGUCGGAGGUCAUUUUCAUGGAGGGUUUUAUGAGAAAGAUUUACAAUUUCAUCAAUGGACUUGAAGUGUUACACUUGAUUGGUACUUACGAGAAGGCAGUUGAAGAGGAGGAAGAGGAAAUUUACGAAGUGAUCAACAUCCACAAAUUGAAAAGCGCUGUACCCAAUUUACGAAUUGUCAAUUUGUAUGGAAUCAAUUUCGUUGAUGAUUCUCACGUUGAAGCUUUCAGUUCCAAUUGUAUUCAAUUGGAGUGUCUUUCUCUUAAUUUUUGUACCAAAUUUACCGGAUCAGUUUUGAAGCUUUUACUUCAACGAUGUAAAAGGUUACAAUGUCUUCUGAUGCAACACACAGGUUUGAAAAAUGAACACGUUAAAGCCGUUGAAUGGGAAAAAACAAAUCUCCAAGAAUUGGAUAUAACUGCUUGUGAAUUAUCAACUGAUUGUUUGAUUGAUGUGUUGUCCAGAAUUCAGGGUCUUCGCUAUUUGGGCGCUGGACAACAAGAUGGUUUCAAUGACCUUGUUUUAGGUCAAAUGAUGGAAAGAGGAACAACUAAAAAUUUGAUCGCAUUCGAUGUUGAUGGAAAUACCAAUUUAUCGGAAGAGAUAUUACUUCAGUUCCUUAAGAUUCAAGGUCAAUAUUUACGUGGACUCCAAUUAUCUGGGAUUCCUCAUCUAACUGAACAGUUCUGGACAACGGUCACUCCUUUAAUCAAGAACAUAAAGAUUCUGGUCAUGGGAAUGCCCGAAGGUUGUUGUCAAAAAGUACAAUCAAAGGUCCACAUUGAUUCACUGAUCGACGGGAUCGCUAACAACUGUCCUAAUCUGGAAAGGUACGAGGCCCGUUGGGACGCGGAGACGCUUAGGUUUUCAGAUCGAUCAAGCAAAGCGGUUGAUGCGAUUCGUUUGAAAUGUCCUCGACUUCGGUGUUUGGUUCUAAGUGAUGGAACUUAUUUUGAACUAGUCAAGUCUAAUUUUGAACGAGCCGAUAGACCGACGGUUGUCCGAUCGACUGUUAAUUGUCGAGUUACUUGUGUUUAUCUUCUUAAUUAUUAUAAACAAAUUAUCUUCAAUUGAUUUACAUGUACCCGAGAUUGUAAUUGUUAAGACAAAAAUGGAGACAUUAAAUUUAAACACUAAGUGCAA